CCUUCCCGCCGCCGCCUCUGGAGGAGCCGGUCCACCGCGGGUCACCACCAUGCCCAGCAAAACCAAGUACAACCUUGUGGACGAUGGGCACGACCUGCGGAUCCCCUUGCACAACGAGGACGCCUUCCAGCACGGCAUCUGCUUCGAGGCCAAGUACGUCGGAAGCCUGGAUGUGCCGAGACCGAACAGCCGAGUGGAGAUCGUGGCUGCCAUGCGCCGGAUCCGGUAUGAGUUCAAAGCCAAGAACAUCAAGAAGAAGAAGGUGAGCAUUAUGGUUUCGGUCGAUGGAGUGAAAGUGAUUCUGAAGAAGAAGAAGAAGAAAAAGGAGUGGACGUGGGAUGAGAGCAAGAUGCUGGUGAUGCAGGACCCCAUCUACAGGAUCUUCUACGUUUCUCAUGAUUCCCAGGACCUGAAGAUCUUCAGCUAUAUCGCCCGAGACGGUGCCAGCAACAUUUUCAGGUGUAACGUCUUUAAAUCCAAGAAGAAGAGCCAGGCUAUGCGAAUCGUGCGGACGGUCGGGCAGGCUUUCGAGGUCUGCCAUAAGUUGAGCCUCCAGCACACGCAGCAGAACGCAGACGGCCAGGAGGACGGAGAGAGCGAGAGGAACAGCAGCAGCUCAGGGGACCCAGGCCACCAGCUCCCUGGAGCCGAGAGAGCCUCCUCGGCCACCGCAGAGGAGACGGACAUUGACGCAGUGGAGGUCCCGCUCCCGGGGAAUGACAUCCUGGAAUUCAGCCGAGGUGUGACUGACCUUGACGCGGUGGGGAAGGAAGGAGGCUCCCACCAGGACCCAAAGGUUUCACCCCACCCCCCGGAGCCCAUGCUGGCGGCCUCGCCCAGGAUGCUCCUUCCCUCUUGCUCGGCAAAGCCCCCAGGCUUGGGCCCAGGGACACCGCUGUCCUCCCACCACCAGAUGCAGCUCCUCCAGCAGCUCCUCCAGCAGCAGCAGCAGCAGACGCAAGUGGCUGUGGCCCAGGUUCACUUGCUGAAGGACCAGCUGGCUGCCGAAGCGGCCGCGCGGCUGGAGGCACAGGCCCGCGUGCACCAGCUCCUGCUUCAGAACAAGGACCUGCUGCAGCACAUCUCUCUGCUGGUCAAGCAGGUGCAAGAGCUGGAGCUGAAGCUGUCCGGACAGAACGCCAUGGGCUCCCAGGACAGCUUGCUGGAGAUCACCUUCCGCUCCGGAGGUCUGCCGGUGCUCUGCGACCCCACCACCCCGCAGCCGGAGGACCUGCCCUCACCGCCCCCGGGCGCGGGCCUGGCCGAGCUGGCCCACCCCGCCGGCAGCCCCCUAGGUAGGCGUGACUGCCUGGUGAAGCUGGAGUGCUUCCGCUUCUUGCCGCCGUCUGCGGGCCCGCUGCUGGGGGGCCUGGAGCUCCUCAAGUUCCGCGAGUCGGGCAUCGCCUCGGAGUACGAGUCCAACACGGACGAGAGCGAGGAGCGCGACUCGUGGUCCCAGGAGGAGCUCCCGCGUCUGCUCAACGUCCUGCAGAGGCAGGAGCUGGGCGACAGCCUGGACGAUGAGAUCGCCGUCAUGUUCGAGAACGUGAACGCCGCCCAUGCCCCGAAGCUGCAGCCCAGCUGCUCCUUCCCCCACCUGUCCCGGCUGGCGGCCCCCAGCGCGGCCGCCCUGGGGUCGGGGGUCUGGGUGGGCAGCAGUCAGCACCUCAAGAACCUGGGCAGAGCUGUGGGGGCCAAAGUCAACGACUUCCUGCGGAGAAAGGAGCCCUCGAGUCUGGACGGUGCAGGCGCCAUGGAGAUUAAUAGGACUGCGGGGGCCCGGCUGGCCGGUGGGGUUUCGGCGCCCGGGCCUGUUGUCAUCGACCCCCCCAGGUCGGCCCCGCCCGAUGCGUUCCCUCGGCUGGAUCCUCCGCCUCCCAUCACCAGGAAGCGAACCCCUCGGGCCCUGAAGACGACGCAGGACAUGCUGAUUUCGUCACAGCCCGUCCUGAGCAGCCUGGAGUACGGGACAGAGCUGUCUCCUGGGCAGCCCCAGGACCCCCUUCCCACUGCUCCACCCGAAGCCCCCCUGGAAAUGGUGGACAAGGGCAAGGCUCUGCCCAACGGAGAGGUUUCCCUGUCCGUGCCUGACCUGAUUCACCAGGAUGGCCAAGACGAACCCAAGCCGAAGAUGACUGAGUGCCGAAGGGCCUCCUCCCCGGGCCUCCCGGAGAGGAAUGGCCUCAAACUCAGCCCGAGCCCCCCCGACCUGGCCGAGCCGCUGGAGGACGGCAGCUCCCCUCCUCGGGCACGGACCUCCAGCCUUGACAAUGAGGGCCCGCACCCAGACCUGCUGUCCUUUGAGUAGGGCCUCUUCUUCCUGACGAGCACCCCCCUUCCCCUCUGCCAUCUCCUUCCCUGGUCUCCCUAGCCCCCUACCCCGGCUCUGUGUGCCCUUUGCUCCCUGGUGCAGAGAUCAGCAGAGAGCUGGUCCCCCCGUGUGGGCUGUUUAGGGCCAAGAGUCCCUCAGUUGUCCUUGUCAAAGGCUCAUUUUCUGUAAACCAGAGGACAGGUCCUCUGGGUGCCGGCCACAGCCCCGGGGUGUUGGAGCACCUCUACUCCCACGCUGCCCUGACUUCCCACUGUGCCCCUGCCCCUCUCCUUCCACAGUCUGGUUACUCUCUCCUGCCGCGGCUGAGGGAAUCUGGCUGGGUGGGAAAUGAUGGGUUUGGCUGAUGAUGGGCCCAGCCUGGAAAGCGGCCUACCCUGAGUGCCGCCCAGCCACCGUUCCGCCCGGUCCUGAGACCACGGAGGCCCCAGGUGGUUGCCUUGCAUCUGCCCUUUGGGUGCGGGCCAGAGGAGACACCAGGCCUGAGACCCGGAGGCAGCCUGGUUGCUGGCAGUUCUCGGGGUGUUUCCCAUCUGGCCAGUUGGGGAAUGCACCAAGCCCCCCGGGAUGGGGCCCAGAGCCAGGCACUGAGGAGGCACUGGGGGAAAGGGGUACGACCUAGCACAUGUAGGCUCCAGGCGUAGAAGGGGAGGCCGGGGCACCCUUGCUGCACGAGGACAGGGCUAGGUGGGCCCUGCAGAGGCAGCUGAGCGGGCCACCAUCCUGUUUUGGGGGAAGGCCCGGGAACUUGGUGUCCAGGCAGCUGGCCCCAACAGAACCUGGGGCCGAAGUCGUGGAGAAGACAGGAUGAGGCCAGAGCAGUCGCUGGGGGCUCAGAGCAGUUUUCAGGGACCACCUCAUGGCCUAAAAUGAGGCAGAGGUAGGGUCCAGGUAUGGUAAGUGUCAGAGCUGGGGUGACGAACAUGAGACUGGGAUGUGGCAGGAGCUGUGGGACAGGCUCCCUCUUACCAGGCAGGAGGUGUUUGCGCUCGUGUUCAAAUGGCCUGUGUCUCCCGUCUCCCUCAAGCAGCCUCUACCCUGCCUUCCCCUGGCCCAGAUGCCACAUGGUCCUCUCUGCAUCCCGGCCUUCGGGAUCUAUGUCUGGGACCAACCCGGUUCAUCCAGCAUUAACCGGCGCCUGCCCUCCUGGGUUAACCCACUUUUAUGUUCCUCUCUCCCACCAGGGACCCUGUCGUGCUGUCUUCCUGUGGCCAGGAAACCCUGUCGGGGGGAGAUCCCAACCCUGGGGGCCUUUGCAGCAAGAAGAGAACCUCCCUUUUGUUGAACAGGGUGGCUGGCUGCCUGGAAAAGCCUGGCCUGGCCCGUCCAGCCGUGGCAGCUGGUGGGCAGUCUUCCUCCUGGGCCUCCUG